UAGAGAGUAGUUUCUCACUAUUUGAAUAAAUUCAUUUAAUCGGUGGUUUUCAAUUUUUAUACGAAAUGAAAGAAAUUCCGGUGAUACCAAAAAGUUAUCCAACUAAUUUGUUGAAAAAAGACUGGACUAAGCGUAAGCUAUUCGAACAUACUGGUCAAGCCUUCGUCGAUAAGGUGCACGAUAUGGAGGUGAAAGACGAUGAUGUUUGGCUGGUGACGCUGCCAAAAUGCGGCACUACUUGGAUGCAAGAACUGUUGUGGUUGGUUUUGAACGAUUUCGACUUUGCGGCGGCACGCAACGAACAUUUGGAAGUGAGAACGCCGUUUUUGGAAUUUAAUUAUAUGAUGCACAAAGACUUGGAUACCGCUCUCGCACCAACGGAAGCGCUGAAAUCGCCGCGCCUUAUAAAAUCACACAUGCCACUACCGCUUCUACCUGAGCAAUUGUGGACUAAGAAACCCAAGUUGAUUUAUGUUUAUCGCAAUCCGAAAGAUUAUAUUGUUUCCCGUUAUUAUCAUACACGCAGUCUCGGUUUUAAUAUGGACGCCACGCUUGAGCAAUUUGCUCUGCAACAUUCCGAGGAAGAUAAAUCGGUGCCAGCUGUGGAUUUCGAGCAUGUUACUGAGUUCUAUGCAUUGCGUGACGAACCCUGGGUGUUCUACACUAGUUUUGAGUGUAUGAAAAAGGAUUUACGAAAAGUCAUUAAAGAUAUAUGCCAGUUUUUAAACAAAAAUAUAACAGAAGAGCAAAUGACACAAAUGCUGCAUCAUCUGUCGUUUGCCGAAAUGAAAAAUAAUCCCAAACUAAAUCAUCUUUGGGAGUUUGAACAAUUUCGUGCUCAAUUCCAGACCAAAUAUGAGGUCCACAGCUUUGUGCGGCGCGGUGAGGCAGGUGGCUACAGAGACGAAUUAUCUACAGAGGUAAUUGCUAAAAUCGAUGCCUGGAUACAAUGUAGUCUUGAUUAUUAUAAAUUAAGUUUGAAUGAAUUGCUUCUGCUUCCUGUCAACACUACACUGUGAGCUGAGAAGUAAAUUCAUAUGUAAAAUAAAAAUAGAAAAUAAAAUUGGAGAGUUGCAAUUUA